AUGAGACGCACUUACAGAUCUAAAAAAGAAACAGGCGGGCUGGACCGCCAAGAUGUAAUGCAAAAUGUAGAUGAAAGGACCUCGAAAUUUGAGGCAUUUUACAGUCAAAAUAUAAAACGUACCAAACGUGAACUUUCUUGUUUAGGCGGUUUAAAGACACAAUCCGUUUCAUACAGAGUUCGAAAGAAAAAGUUUGUGAGGAGACUAAAAGAACCUGAUGCUGAAUUAGCGUCUACAUCUAAAACCACUUUCUUGACACCUGAUAAAUCUUUACGGGUAAAUAAAGCUGAAGAUUUGUUUGAUAAAUUGUUGAACUCGUCUCCUGUUAAUAAUUCACCAAUUUUUACAUUACAAGAAAAUGGAAUGGAAAUAAGUAAGAAAAAAUAUAAAACAAUAAACAGAGCUAUUAUAAGGAAAUAUAAUUACUCUAGUUCAGAUAGUUCAGGUUCUGAUAAAGAAAAUUUUAUAAAUAAAUCACCAAAUGAGAGUGACAUAGAUGCACAUAGUUUAUUAUUAGAAAAAGAAUAUAGGUGCCCAACAAAUUAUGACACUUCAAUAGAUGAUAUUACAAACAAUAUUUCUUUGAUAAAUAAUUUAAAGAAACAAUAUUCUAUAACACCAAAAAUAUCUCAAAAUAAAAUUUCUACUUUUGAGAGAUCCCCCUUCUGUAGUACUCCAUUUCGGGAAAAAUACAGAGGCCAGUCAAUUUAUAAGUAUUCCCCUAUAUGUACCACUCCUCUGGGUGUCAAUGCUAAUAAAACUGUUGCAACAACAUACACACUGAAUGAAACUCUUAGUAAAUUAUCAGACAAUGAAAGCAAAGAUGAUAAAAAGACUUACAUUAGAACAAGAAACAAUGAACAAGAAAAUUAUACAUUACCAAAUAUUAAUAAAUCAGAAAUAAAUAAAAGUGUAAAUGACAACUCCAUACAAAUAAUAGAAGUUAUUGACAAUGACAUUGCUCAUAAUCACCAAAAAUGUAACAAUUUUUCCUUAGAAGUCCAAAGUAAGGAUACUCCUGAUGAUGAAAUCAUAGAUGAUAAUGAAUUAGAAUCUAGCAUGACAUUUGCGGAAGAGCCUAGUAUAAUUCUACAGACAUCUGAAUGUAUGAAGCUUUUUGGAUUCUCUAAGGUUAAUCAAAGUACAGAAGUUUUUUUAAACAAAUAUAAACACUUUCAGGAAAAUAAUUCUGAUAUAUUAAUUGAAAAUGUGCUGCCUAACCAGUCCUUACAGUUAAAUACUGAAAGAAGCCAAGAAAAUAGUGAGCAAGACUCGGAAGAAUGUAAAAAUGUAGAAUCAAUUUCAUUAUAUGAUACAUGUAGUGAAGAUGAAUCUAAAGAAAUCAGUUUGAAGAUGUUGAUCGAAGAACCAUUUGUAAAAAUGAAAAGAAUGAGAAAAUCAAUAUUUGAAAAAUACUGGCAGCAAUCUAAUGUAAACAAAGAGAGUAGUGAUACAAGCAAUUGUAUUGAACACUUUAGAAGUUUUGAACCAAGUGAUCUAAAUACUGAGGAUGAAUAUUCUGAUUCUGAAGAAAGUAAUGAAGAUUCAACCCACCAACAAAAUAUUGAGCCACCAAGCUUUGUUACCACUAGAAGAGGAAAAGCAUUUAUAACAAAUGAUUCAUUUUUGUUUAAUUUAGAUAGCCCUAGAAAUUCAAGCAGUAUUGCAGAAUGUGAUAAAACAAUCAUAAAUAAUAAAGAAAAUAAAUUCUCUCUUGACAUUGAAACAUUAGUAGAUCAAAAUACAAGAAAAACUACAUGUAUUGAUAUAGAAAAAAAUAAUUUAAAUGACACAUACCAACUUGAAUUUGGUACAUAUAGUUUUGAGAACGAAUAUGAAACGUCAUGCAUUAAUGAUACUGUCACACCGAAGCGUAGUACCAUUAUUAAUAAGGAUUUAGACAAUAUUAAAAAUGAUCUUUCAAUACAUAGUCAAGAAAAUAUUAUUGAAGAAGAAACAAGUGUGACAAGGCCUAAGUUAUUAAAAUCAUUAGGAUCUGUUAAUAAAUUAGAAUCACAGUUCACAAGUUCUAAAGAAACAAGUAUAGGCGUCAGCAUCAAGCAAUCUAAUAGUACCAUAGGGUUGCAUGACAACAAUGUUAAUGUGAUACCAUGUACAAACAUUAAUAAGACCCUAUGUAAUCAAGAUAUUACCGUGGCCGAUGACACAGUAGAUAAAAUCAUUAAAAAAAUGAGGCAGAGUAAAAGUAUACAACAAUCUUCAAUGAAUGUGGGUUUAAAACAAAGUAAUAAACCAGAACCAAACCCUUCAAGAAUAACUCGACACAGUGCAAGAUUAUCACGACAUGACAAAGAUGAUUUAAAUAUAAGUGAAGUUAAAAAUCCCAUUAAAUUACAGCCAGGGAAACGAUGGGAGCGUUCUUUAAGCAUUUAUCGUAGAAUGACAACUAUGGCAGAUGGCACUGAUGUUUCUAUACUUGAUGUAGAAUCAUUAGAACACAAAGGUAGAAAAUAUAGACAAAGUGUUAUUGCCACCAUGGAAAUGCAGGAUUCUAGUACUUCACUUCACAAUGAAUCCAUUAAAAGUCACAGAAGUACUUUUGUUUCUCGGCCCAUCAAAUCAACAGUCACACUAACUAACGAUACUAAUAUUUCCCGAACUAGCAUAAAUUCUACAACAGUAUUUGAAGAAUUGCAGGGAUUUUUGACCGAGGAUUGUGAUGAUACGGUUGUUAACUUAUCAAAACUAUCGCUCGGUGACCCAGAGGUCGGCGGCAGGGUAUUAGAGAAAUUUUAUGAUACAUCGAGUCGUUCGAGCACAGCGCGUGAUUACGUUUUGCGUCGCUGCAAUCAGGCAGAUGCAUUGCUCUUUGAUGAAUGCUACCCAGAUACAACCCUGAAGAAUUGCCGAAAAAUUGGCGAAGGUGUAUAUGGGGAGGUGUUUCUCUGGAGGGCUGGAGACGGACGUGCAAGGGUCCUGAAGGUGAUACCAAUAGCUGGCGAGCUGCAAGUCAAUGGCGAGAAGCAGAAGGACUACGACCAAAUCAUAUCUGAAAUUGUGAUUGCUAUGGAAUUGAGCGCUCUCAGCGCUCCAAUACCAGAUAUAGAACGUCAUUUUAAUGAAGGGAAGACAGCAGAAACUCUGGAUUUACAUUCUGUAGAGAAUGCAACUGAUGUUUUUAACAAGGUCCUAGCGGUCCGCCUAGUAUACGGUAGCUAUCCAAGCCGACUCCUUGAUCUAUGGGACUUGUACGACGAGUGCAAAGGAUCUGAGAACGAUAACCCCGCGAUAUUUCCACCCGACCAGCACUAUAUUGUGCUAGAACUGGCCAAUGCUGGCCAAGACUUGGAGAGUUACCAGUUCAACAACGCUGAACAGGCUGAAGCUCUAUUUCAACAGGUUGCAUUUGGUUUGGCGGUAGCGGAGCAGGCAUAUCAGUUUGAGCAUCGGGAUUUGCAUUGGGGGAACGUGCUUAUUGCUCCCACAGAUCAGAAGUAUUCAACGUUCGUACUCCGCGGUCGUACGCACCGCGUGCGCACGUGCGGGGUCAAGGCGACGAUCAUCGACUACUCGUUGUCCCGCGUGUCGGUCGGCCGAGUGCUGUACUGCAACUUGGCAGAAGACGAGUCGCUCUUUGAAGCCGUUGGAGACUACCAGUUUGAGGUGUAUCGCCGUAUGAGAGAUCGGCUCGGAAACGAUUGGAUGAAUUACGAGCCGUACACCAACAUAUUGUGGCUGCAUUACACUGCGGAUAAGAUGAUAACAGCCCUCCGCUACACCAGAACUAACACUAAAAUUCACAAACAUUUCAUUGCCAAGCUGAAGGACAUUCAAAAUACUAUCCUUUGCCACGGCUCCGCCUGCGAAUACGUCAUCACAGACAACGAAAUUUAA